AUGGCCAAUCAAGCAGUGAUCCCGUUUCUGGUCACGAUGAUGCUUGUGACCGGAGUCUGCAAUACAAUCCUCAACAAGUUCCAGGACAUGCAAUGUGUACGCAAUUGCGAUUCUCCCGACCCCAAAGCUCGCCAUACCUUUGAGCAGCCGGUCCUCCAGACAAUCCAGAUGUUCAUCGGCGAGAUGGGCUGCUGGCUAGUGAUUCUGGCCUCCAAUAUCUACCAAGCUUUUAUCUACCCGCGCUUAUCGCGCAGUUCAUCACCUCUUCUGGCUGGUGGAUAUAAUCCCGUGAACGCCGACGAGGAUGGCGACGAAGAGGAUCAAACGAUCCGCGGCCCGGAUGCCCCUGACCAUCCCUCGAAGACCACUGACGCCGAAGGACGCAUAUAUCUCAGCGGGCGGAGAAUCCUGCUCCUUGCUUUGCCGGCAUGCUGCGACAUCGCCGGUACGACCCUGAUGAACGUGGGCUUGCUGUUCGUGGCAGCCAGCAUCUACCAGAUGACGCGUGGUGCGCUGGUGCUCUUUGUCGGACUCUUCAGUGUCUUGUUUCUACGUCGGAAGCUGUAUCUGUACCAGUGGAUUUCCUUGUUUAUCGUGGUCCUUGGUGUAGCGUUGGUAGGACUUGCCGGUGCGCUUUUCACCGAGAACCAAGGGCACGAUAUCUCGAAGGAGAAUGCAAUCGCCAUCGUCACGCGGGCCGUGAUGGAAGCUCGAAAGGUUGCGAGGACGCCUGAAGCGGUCAAGGCCAUCAUUGGCGUGCUACUGAUUGCAGCGGCCCAGAUCUUUACCGCGUCGCAGUUCGUAUUGGAGGAGUGGAUUCUUGAGAACUACGCCAUGGAUCCGCUGCAGGUCGUGGGCUGGGAGGGUGUGUUCGGUUUCUCCGUGACUGUCAUCGGAUCGAUCAUUAUGUAUCUGACCGUAGGCCGUACGGAUGCCGGCCGCUAUGGCUACUUUGACGUGAAGGAGGGAUGGCGCCAAGUCAUGAGCAACAAGUACAUCGCCAUAUCCAGUAUUCUGAUCAUGAUCAGCAUCGGCGGCUUCAACUUCUUCGGUCUCUCCGUCACCCGGACCGUAUCCGCCACCUCCCGCAGCACAAUCGACACCUGCCGUACUCUCUUCAUCUGGCUCGUGUCCCUCGCUCUGGGCUGGGAAACCUUCAAGUGGCUGCAGGUGCUGGGCUUCGUUCUGCUCGUCUACGGAACAUUCCUGUUCAACGACAUCAUCCAUCCCCCGCUCAAGGCAUGCAUUCCCCAUGACAGACGGGAGAGACAGAUCCUGCUCCCCGAGGAGCCUAUCGAGCAUCUGUAA